GCACUUGAAGAAUCUAGUAGUUUUCGAACUUUCGGACAAUAAAAACACCGAAAAUUGGGGUGGAUGGAACAUUUUGAAGAUGGCAGACAAAUUGAAAGUUCUUUCUCUCACAAGAUGUGAAGGAUUGAAACGGACUCCAGACUUCUCUGGAUGCGUGAGUUUGGAGAGACUGUCUUUUUAUCACUGUCCAAACUUGCAAGAAGUUGACUCCUCUAUUGGGAAGCUAAAAGGUCUUACUAACUUGGACAUAAUUUGGUGUAAGAGUCUUCGAACUUUGCCUGAAGAGGUUGAAGGACUGGUGAAUCUGAAGCUCUUCAGUACGAGAGGGUGCAAGAAAUUGAAGAAACUUCCAUCCUCUAUCUGGAAAUUAGCAUCAUUGUCUAGGAUACAUAUAUCAUCCACAGGAAUUACAAGUUUACCUAAUUCUAUUGACAAUGGAAAACACCUGUUUCAACUUGAUCUAGGAGACACGCCAAUUGCGGAACUUCCAACUUCCAUUGGAGAGCUUACACAACUUGAGUACCUUUCACUCUAUCAAUGUCCAAAUUUUCAGGAGCUUCCAGAAUCCAUUGGCAACUUGACAUCAUUAGAGUAUUUGUAUCUCUCAGAGACAAAAAUUGUUGAGUUACCUGAUUCGAUAAAAAAUCUCACGCAAUUGAAGGUGAUGUGUAUAGAAGGGACUUUGAUAAGGAGGUUACCUGCCAGUAUUGGAUUGCUUGAGAGGUUGAAGGAGCUCAAUGCUCGUCAUUGUAAAGAACUUGAAGGCGAAAUUCCCCCCGAAAUUGGUAAAUUAUCGUCUCUACGUAUCCUAGACCUAUCAAAAACUCGUAUUCGUGCAGUGCCGAUGACAAUCAAUUCCCUCACGCAACUCCAAAAGCUGGAUUUAACGGAUUGUAAUGAGCUUCAAGAGUUGCCAAAGCUUCCCUUGAGUUUGAAGUGUCUGCGUGUUCGAUCAACAUCAUUGCGGUUAGUUGCGGAUCUCAGAAACCUCACGAAUCUAGUGGAAUUUCUGUGUCAAGGCUCUGGACAAGCACCUGGUCAGGCAUCUAACCCAAUGCAAACUGUUCCAUUGAGCUUGUGCCUUCCCGAGCCAUCAAUGGAUAGUAACUCAGUAGUUUUUGGACUACAGCUUCCCAACUUGAGAAAUUUGACCAGAUUGGAUCACUAUCGCUCUCCACUGAGGGAAAUUCAACUCGAUGGGCUUGAAUUAUUGAGAGAUUUGGCUGUGAGAGAAUGUGAGUUUCUCAAGGGAUUGUCAAUUAGUUUAAGGAACCUUCGUCAAAAGGAAGUUUUUGAUUGCUCAAAGUUACAUGAAGUUCGAUUUCUCGGUAAAAUGGAAUUACUGGAGAAACUUCAUGUUAAAAAGUGCAAUUCCCUAGGAAAGUUGUCAAGUUUAUCAAACUUGAAGAAGCUGAAGAGUUUACUGGUCGACGAAUGCGAUGCGCUAAAGGAUCUUGAGGGCCUUGAAGAAUUGGAGCUUUUGUCUUUUUUGUCUUUUGUCAGGUGUGGAUCGUUGGAAAGGUUGACUCAUGCGCCCAAAUCCAAACCAAAGAUGCCUAAUGGAUGCAGGAUGUAUGUACUGGAUUGCGCGAAAUUCCAAGGUCCUAGUCGUUCUACUUUCAGUUUCGAGGAUUACUGGAAAGAUGAAAUGAAGAAGAGUGAGACAGCUUCAUAGUUAAAUUUGAUGCAAAGCUUGACUUGAGCGGCAACAUUUAAUGAUUCAUCUGUACAUCAGUAUCACAUCAAAGAUACCUAAUGGAUGCAAGAGGUAUGUACUGGAUUGCAUGAAAUUACCAGGUAUUAAUGCUUCUACUUCCAGAUAUGGGGAUUACAGGAGAAGAUAAUGUGUACACCCGGAGGACCACGUCAGCAUACUCCUGAUCAACUCAACAAUGGACACGUGUCUUCGCAGGUGGUUCAAUUGUCAGAAGUUUUGACUUUCCCACUGCCCAGUGCUCUGACCUUGCGGGCCCAUUUAUAAUCAAUCUAUCUCUCGGAGCGAUGGAGCACCUGCAAGGACAGUAGGAUGGCUAGGAUUCAUCCACACCAGUUUCUUGAAGGAAUUAUGGCCCAACUCUGUGAUGAAGCAGGUGGCUCGAAUGAGUACCACAAUUUCCAGCGUUGCCCUCUUAAUACCACCUUUCUGCUUUUUAAGGACUUGCAGAGCAUUGAUAUUGUCUUAUACGUAGGAGAUACAUCAAAUCCAAUUGGAUAUCUUUCGCAGUGAGAACAGUUUGAGCCAAUUGCCUCAAGUGUUCCUUACGUGAUCAUAAGGUUUGUCUUGGUUUUUCCUCUUCCUCCCAUCCUACUCUAGGCACAGAGGUUUUGCGAAUGUUGAAAUUGCAG